AUGUCCACGUUUCUCUCCGGCAAGUCAACCGCGCCCAAGUUCUCGCCCGAGCAGUGCAGUAGGUACUUCUUUUCUGCUAUCACCGACUCGAACGACGAAACGACGGGGCGAUGGCGUUGUACCCUGUGCCAGCGCACGUACACCCAACAAGAAGGCAGGGGUUACACGAAUCUACUUGCACACCUCAAGGCAAGUCAUAGCAACUACGCCACACUCAUGCGCGAAGCACCAGCAGCAGCGCAGUCUACUAACACCAGGCUUUGGGUCAGUGACCGGGUGAAAGGGCGAUUCGGCUGGAUCUCGUGGAUCGUUGAAGAAGGGCUACCGCUUACGUUCUGUGAGAAGCCAUCGACUCGGCGAUUUACGAAUUUGCCUAUAAUUUCUCAUGUUACCCUUCGCGACAACAUUUUACGGCUUACUGAGGUCGUCGAAAAAAAGAUCUCAAAAGAAAUUCCGGAUCGUUUUGGCAUUAUUUUCGACGGCUGGACACAUAACUCCGAGCAUUACCUUGCGGUCUUUGCGUCGUACGAAAAGGAUGGCGUCCUUGUGCAGCCUCUCCUGUCGCUGGCGCCCAUCAUCCACGAGCCGGAUGACGACCACAGUGCGAAGACGCACUACACUGCAAUCAAGUCAGUCUUGGCCAUGUUCAAGAAGACCAUCACGCAAUGUGUCUUCUUGGUGGGUGACAACUGCAGCGUCAACAAAACGUUGGCCAAGCUUAUGUCCGUGCCGCUGAUUGGCUGCGCCAGCCACCGAUUAAAUCUUGCGGUCAAAGCGUACACCCAGCAGCAUGAGGACGAGCUCGCCAAGAUACAACAACUGAUGAUCAAACUGCGAACCCUGAACCAGGCUUCCAAACUCCUGUUUCGUACAGAACUACGACCAAUUCUCCGCCAAGACACUCGUUGGAGUUCAACGUUUGCCAUGCUUCAGCGAUUUUUCGAGCUUCGAGAACAUCUCGACCACGAGGACGACACUAUUUUGGAAAUUCUACCAACUCUUGGUGGGUCAGCAAAUAUUGUUGGCAACCCAAAUUUUGAAAAUGCCGUCACGAAGGUUCAACGUGGUCGCACGCUCACUCGGCCAGAGAAGUUGGUCGUUGCUGCACUGCGAAGCAACAACGGCGCAGACGUUGCCUCGGACGAAGAUGCUGGAUUUGCCGAAAGAGCGUUGAAACGUGCGCGCCUGGCCGACGAGAAUGACACCUAUGUCCUCCUUGGAGCUGUCACCCCUACGUCAAACAUAGCUGAGCGUCUUUUCAGCGUGGCGCGUGCUUUGAUUGGCCUCGACCGUUUUUCACUGCAUCCAAUCAUGAUUGAGGCGACCCUCUUCCUUAAGUGCAACCGCAGCUACUGGGAUGUAUCGACUGUGCACGAAACGCUUGAGUAA